ACAGAGAUUCCUCUCUGAGUUUUAAUUUUGAGUCCUGGGCUAUCUGCUGCCUUUAUGAAGCUAUUACAGUCUGGUUAGCUUUCCUUCCUGCCUCUCUUGUGUACUGAGCAGUUCUCUGUCUCUGUUGAAGACGAAAAUGAGACAGAAUGCUCCAAGUCCCUCUGAGUAGGCUUUAGGGCAUGAUUUUCCAGGCAGUAUGCAAUGCAGACAUGAAUCAUAACUCCCUUUAAGACACUAUUGUAUUCAAUUCCCUGGGUCUUUUCAUCUGACUGAACAGGCUGCAGAUUUUUGUUUUUAAUCUAAGCAAUAACCAAUUUACUCCAGAGAUGAGUAUUUGCUGAUUGUUACUGCUGUUCUCAUGCUCAGAAUUGCAAACCCCUUGGAAAAUGAGGCCAGCUUGUGCAUGAGUGUACAAACCUGGUUUCAAAUCUGGCUUGGAUUCUCUCUUCCAGCUCAGCAAGUGACUGACAUGUUCACUUUGGCAUAGCUUCCUCCCGAGACAAGCCGUGGGCUGUGCCAAAGUGCUGUGAGGCGUUCACUGUGUGUUCAGUCACACACCGGAGGCAGACUCUACAGCACCCUAGAGACAUGGGUGAGAUGAGGACAGUACAGCCGUGAUUCAGAGCUGCCUUGUACUUUGGUCUUGCUGUCAGUAUCAUAUCAAUAGAACCAAGAUAUAAAUCAGACCCCACUUCAAUUACACCCUUGUGUUACUGAAAUUAUUUGAAAGAAAGUACUAAAUCAGAGUAGCUUCAGUUCAAAUUUAGUUAUAGCUGAGGUUGUUGCAAUUCCAUAAUAGUUCAUUAAAGGAAUUAAUACUGAAAAAUACACCAUUUAAAUACAGAAUUGUCCAUGUGAUGGUUGUAAUCUUGCAACACCUGGCAUCAGCCAGUGAAACAUUCCUUUAACUCUGGUGGAGCCUCCUCAUCACCUGUGCUUCCAGAGCUGUCCCGCAGCCUGGUUCUCUGCUCCUGGAGUUGGGCAGGGUGGAUUCCAGGGGCUGAAGUUCUGUGCUGGGAACCAGGGUAGUUGAGGCAUAGGGUGGGCUUGUGAUCUGACAGUGCUCUGUAGCUAUGAGGUGAUCAGGUCUCAGCACAUUACCCUAAGAAAUACUCAAUCAAGGAGAGGUUUUCAGAAGAAGAAAAUGGUAUAGCUGCAAGUGGCUUCCAGUUUAACUUUCUUGUUUGAAAUAUAAAGCAUGAUGCAGAUGAGGCUCUGCAGAUAGCCCUGAUUUUGAUAACUGGCAAGAGCAUUUCUAAUUUAAAAAGUCUUCCUUCUCUUCCUAUUAGUUACCUCUCUAAGCAAAGCAGCUGGCGUGACCUGGGCAUGUUUUGCUUGUAUUGUUGCUGUGAGACAAUAGCUCAGCCUGAGGGAAGAAGACAACCUACUUACCAUAUCAUCUGGGAGUUGUUGCAGUAGGACUUGAGAAACCAGUGUUUCUCUGAAGAGAAACUCGCAGAGACUACCUGACACUAUCUGAGGAGUUAACCCAGAUAGUUAAAACUGCACCUUCAGUCAGUUUGCAGACCACACCAAGUUGAGCAGGAAUGUUGAUCUACUUGAGGGUAGGAAAGCUCUGCAGAGGGAUCUGGACAGCCUGGAUCGAUGGGCUGAGGCGAAUUUUAUGAGGUGCAGUAAAGUGAAAUGCUGGGUCCUGUAGCUGUGUCACAACCCAAUGCAGCACUACAGGCUGGAGGCAGAGUGGCUGGAAAAUUGCCCAGUGGAAAAGAACCCAGGGGUGUUGGUCAACAGCAGCCGAACAUAAGCCAGCAGUGCCCAAGAUGCCACGAAAACCAAUGGCAUCCUUGCUUGGAUCAAAAAUAGUGUGGCUGGCAGGACCAGGGAAGUAAUUAUUCCCCUGUACUUGGGUGCUGGUGAGGUGGCACAUCAAAUCCUGUGUUCAGUUUUGGGGUCCUCACUACAAAAAAGACAUUGAGAUGCUAGAGUGUGUCCAGAGAAGGGCAACAGAGUUGGUGAAGGGUCUGGAGCACAAGUCUUAUGAGGAGAAGCUGAGGGAACUGGGAUUGUUUAUCCUGGAGAAAAGGAGGCUGAGGGGAGACAUCAUUGCUCUCUACAACUACCUGAAAGUAGGUUGUAGUGAGGUGAGGAUCGUUCUCUUCUCCCAGGUAACAACUGACAGGACAAGAGGAAAUGGCCUCAAGUUCUGUCAAGGGAGGUUUAGAAUUUAGAAUAUAUAUAGAAAAAUAUCCUCACAGAAAGUGUUGUCAAGCAUUGGAACAAGCUCACAAGGAAGUGGUGGAGUCACCAUGGCUGGAAAUAUUAAAAAAAUGUGUGGAUAUGCCACUUAAGGACACAGUUUAGUGGUGAACAUGGUAGGGUGCCAUGGCUGGACUUGAUGAUCUUAGAGGUAUUUUCCAACCUUAAUGAUUCUAUGAUUCUACAAGAUUUGGGAGAUCAAAGAACUAAACCGAGAGUUAUGUGUCCAGGGAAGACAGGCUUUUGUCCCUGUGGUAGUUUACUUUGGCUGAACGCCAGGUGUCCACCAAGGCUGCGCAGAUCUCCCCCCCCAGAGGGAAAAGGGGAGAUGAAAAAAAAAAGGUAAAACCCCAGGAUUUACCAAGAAAGGCAGUUUUAUAUUUAUAUGGAGAAAAAGGAAAAAACUAAUAACACUACAAACACAUAGGCAAAGGAAACUAACAGUAAAAUUCUACUUCCCACAGUAAGCGAAGUGCUCUUUCUCUUUCCUCCAAGGAGCAGCCGUCCUGCUGGAUAGCUAUCAUGGAAGAGAGUGAGCUACUUCCUCCUCCCCUCUUUAUAUCUGAGCUGACGUAAUAUGUACUGGAUAAAUGAAUACACCUCCACCUUGGGGAUUGGUGUCUUCCACUCUGGCAUCGAGAUCUACGGCAGAGAGUUUGCCUAUGGAGGGCAUCCCUACCCUUUCAGUGGGAUUUUCGAGAUCACACCUGGCAGUGCGGUAGAACUUGGCGAGACCUUUAAAUUCAAAGAAUCCAUUGCCUUGGGCACCACAGACUUCACAGAGGAGGAUGUGGAUAAGAUUAUGGAAGAGCUUGGCAGGGAGUACAAAGGAAAUGCAUACCACUUGAUGCACAAGAACUGUAAUCACUUUUCUGCUGCUCUGGCUGAGAUAUUAUGUGGGAGAGAGAUACCCCGCUGGGUGAACCGCCUGGCCUACUUCAGCUCAUGCAUCCCCUUCCUCCAGAGCUGCCUCCCCAAGGAAUGGCUGACCCCAGCAGCCCUGCAGAGCCACAUCAGUCUCGGCCUCCACAAGGAGGAGCAAGGAGACACAACGGAUGAGGAGUCACCCUCCACCUCUGCAGCCCCUUCAGCCUCAGGCACAUCGCGAAGCUGUAGACAUACUCGGGUCUAAACUGUGCCCAGCUUGCCCCCAAAUAACAUCCAUGCUCUCAUCCUAUUUAUUUCUCACACUCUUUUGCACACAUUGUUUUCUCUCUUCUUCAGUGGACAACACAGGGGAGGGAAGACUUUCUACUUCAGCCCCUUUUCCAAGGGCUGCCACUACAGUUGCUUGGCAAAAUGACUGUGAACCCCAACACAGAACUGAGGAGUGUGGCGACUAAACUGGAUGCUCCUCGCAGGGCCCCCAUGACCCUCAAUCCACAGAGAACUGCUAAAUCUCUCAGGCAUGAGAGCAUGCGUACGGGCAGAGUGCACAUACUGUGAUGUUCCUUCUCUGGAACUGUUUUAUCUUUUUAUCUCUUCUCCCCACCCAUGUAAGCCCAGCAGCCUCUUCUCCAUUUUGGCUGGGUUUCCCCUUUCCCUAUGACAAAUCUCCUGCCCACACCCAGUGAAGGAACCAGAGCCAGAACUCAACCUUCUCAUCUCUUAGACCAGCAACAAACUCCAGUUAGCCCCACCCCUUUUGUGAUUAUCAGGUUUCUAACUCAUGUGAAGGACAAAUGAAAGGUGCUCCUAUUCUACAACCACCAAUUUUCAGUACUCAAAUUUAAGAGCUCAAAUGACUGUCCUGUUCUUGAAAAUAAUAACAAAGAACCUAGAAAAUGAAUGUGUUACUGUGGCUUUUCUUUGGGGUCAAAAAGAGGAUGGGGCUGUAGUGGUUAAAGGCAGCUGCUAAGUAGAUGCAGAAAUGACUGUUGACCAUAUUCAUGCUUUUUGGCACAGACCCCUCUCAGUUCUCCUAAUUUUAGGCAAUAUUCCUGGUUUACUUUUUUCCCUGGGGAAUGUCUCUCCUAGCUGACAUUUGCUGGUUAUAUUUUGGGGGAUGGCCCUUCUGAGCCAAACGAAAAGGAGAGUAAAUCUGUUGGGAGGGUCAGUAUUUCCUUCAGAUUUUCCUCCUGCACUCACAAACCUAAAAUAUAGCCGUCCUUCCCUGGCCUAUUUUUGAAAAAAUAAGUGGUGAACCCAAAGAAUGUCAACCUGUUCCCUUCUCCUCCCUUUUUGGAGGUGGAGGGGAAACUUAGGGCCACAUCUGGAAAGUGCAGAUAACCCUUCCAAUGCAUGGGCCACCAUGGUGCCUUCCAUUGUGUGCACUGUUUCAGUGGCAUGAAAAAUGGGCAUAGCUGGCUCACUGACCUCUCCAGGCUGGCUCCUGACAAGAAUCCUGACAAGAAUUUGGAUGUAUUUAUAGAUGUAUUUAUGCUAAUUCUCACAGCUAAUGAGAAAGCAAUGGAGGAGGAGAGGACAAGUACACUAACUCUUCUACUCAAUUACCUCACUAGGAAUUCUAGACAGGAGGUGCAGGAAAAAAUCAAAGGGGAAAUCCAGGGCCCCUCUCUCCCUUGCAACUCCUCUUGGCUACACAAAGGAGGACAAAAGAUGAACAGGCUGUUCAUCUCUCUGUUGAGAGAGGGUUGCUGUUUUAGAAAUGCUGUUCUCAACAGCUGCUGCCAAGUCAGAACUUCCACCCUCCACCCAGAAAGAUGACAAGCUCCUUUUUUUGGUCACAAUUGCAUGCUAAAUCCAACCAGCUGUUUCUUUAGCUCAGGUAUAUAGAAGUAUGUGCUUUCAGGGCUGAAGUUCUUGGCUAUGAUGUACAUCAUGUCUGCACAGACAGUGCUUAAUGGUUUGUUACACGUGCAUGGCCUUAGUGAAUCAGGAGGCUCUGGAGAGAUCUGUUGGGUGGAAGUGUAACUCACAGGAUGGCCUCAUGCCACUGCCUCCUGAAGUGAUGCAUGGUUGGGCAACAAAACCGUUAUAACAUGCCUCUCUUUUUCAUCCUCUGUACAAAUUGCUGCAAGUUCUGUACUGAACUAAAGUCAUGUUCCUUAUUAACCUUGGCUGCUCACAGCCAAUGCUGCAUUAUGAGCAAUUCUGCAGCUCCUAGUAACGACUCCAACACUAAUCUUGAUUACUCUGGUUUGUCCAGGAAUGUUUAAUAAGAUUUCCAUCCUGAUCUCCAUGCCGCAGAAACCAUGUUACACAAUGUACUAUUUUGCUCUCUAUUCCCCUGCAGUCGUGGUCAUUGCAGCCUAAACUGGCAGUGCAAGCUUCAUUUGUCUGAAAUUUCCAGGGUUUCUGCCAAUAGCCAGCAGCACAUUAUGUGCAGUGAAUUUUAAAGGUCCUUCUCUAGGGAAAAGUGAGAAGAGGCUUUUCCAGAGCUUUUGUCUAGGCCAGGGAAACUGCAGUAGGAAAAACGUAGUUCCUGUUGUUGUGAUAAAAGCCAGCCAGGCAGCCAGCCAUCACCCUUGUGUUUCUGCUCUGCACCUGAGCUCCAGAUAAAGCAUCAUGUACUCAUCUAGGAGAGAACUAGGGCUCCAGAGGCACAUUUCACACAGAAAACCCUCUCGCAGCAUUUCACAACGGAAAAAAUGCUUAAUUGACUGUAUGGUAACCUGGACAAGAAAACUACAUUCAGCCUCCUUGGGAACAUGAAUAUGUGCUUGAAGUAUUGGGAACAACACUUGAGGAGAGCUGUGAAUGUCAUAAAAAAACCCAGAUGUUUGUUUACCUACUUUUAUGUUUGUCUGUCUGUUUAUGACAGUAGGGGUCACAUCAAGGAGGUAUUAAACCUGUGCUGUAAAUCAAAACUAGAAUCUAUUCCAAUCUUCAAAAGUGUUUCUCCCCACCCCUCUCUGUUCAAGGUGAUCAACCAACCAACAAUGACAAGAACAAAGAGACACUGUGGAAAUAAAAUAUAUAUUGAUGAUAGUUUUACCUCUGUAAUUUAACAGCAUUUGAGAUUAUUAAACAUGAAGACAUUUUAAAAUCCUAA